AUGAGAGCAUUCAUGCUGGAGAGAAGCCAUACAAAUGUACUGAAUGUGGCAUGGCUUUCAGACAACAGACGGACAUCAGAACUCACCGAAGAAGCCAUGCUGGAGAGAAACCUUCCAAGUGUGACGAGUGUGGAAAAACCUUUACCAAGGCCUCUCACCUCACUCCACGUAAGAUCAUCCAUACUGGAGAGAACCCAUAUGAAUGUGAUGUACGUGGCAAACUCUUCAGCAAAAUUCAUCUGGAAAGUCACCGUAGGAUUCAUACUGGAGAAGAGCCUUACAAAUGUGAUGGGUGGCAAGGUCUUCAGUCAAAAUUCACACCCCGUAAAUCAUCGGAGAAUCCAUACUGGAGAGAGACCUUACAAAUGUGAUGAAUGUGGUAAGGCUUUCAGCAGGUGUUCACGUCUUAGUCAUCAUCGGAUAGUUCAGACUGCAGAGAACCUUCCAAAUGUACUGACUGAAGCAAGGCGUUUAAGCAUGGCCCUAAACUCAGCACUCACCAAAUAAUUCAUACUUGUAAAUGCAAUGAAUAUAGCAGUAUUUUAAAGCAGUGCUCACUACUCGUUAGAUAGGAGUAUCUAAUAUAUCUUGGGGAAAAGGCACACAAAAGUAAUGUGUGUGACAAGGAUUUUAUCUGAGGACCAAAAGUUGGAGAACAAAAUUCAUACUGGGCAGAAACCUUACAAAUGCAAUUAGCAUGGGAAAACCUUUACCACAGUUCAAGUAUGACAUGACAUCAGAGAGUCCAUAUUGAAAAGAAACCAUGUAAAUAUCAGGUAUGUGGCAGAGGCUCUAUUCAGGCUUCACAGUACGCUGGAUAUUAAAGUAUACAUCUUUUGCUGGCUGCGGUGCUCACGCCUGUAAUCCCAGCACUUUGGGAGGCUGGAGUGGGCGGAUCACUUGAGGUCAGGAGUUUGAAACCACCCUGGCCAACAUGGCAAAACCCUGUCUCUACUAAAAAUACAAAAAUUAGGCUGGGUGUGGUGGUUCAUACCUGUAAUCCAACCACUUUAGGAUGCCGAGACAGGUGAUCACAAGAGGUCAGGAAUUCAAGACCAGCCUGGCCAAGAUGGUGAAACCUCCAUCUCUACUAAAAAUACGAAAAUUAAAGCCGGGCGCGGUGGCUCAAGCCUGUAAUCCCAGCACUUUGGGAGGCUGAGACGGGUGGAUCACAAGGUCAAGAGAUUGAGAACAUCCUGGCCAACAUGGCGAAACCCCAUGGUGAAACAUGGUCUUUACUAAAAAUACAAAAAAAUUAGCUGGGCGUAGUGGCACACGCCUGUAGUCCCAGCUACUCGGGAAGCUGAGGCAGGAGAAUUGCUUGAACUGGGGAGGCGGAGGCUGCAGUGAGCCAAGGUUGUGCCACUGCACUCCAGCCUGGUGCCUGGUGACGGAGCAAGACUGUGUCUCAAAAAAAUAAAAUAAAAUAAAAUACAAAAAUUAGCCAGGUGUGCUGGUGGGCACCUGUAAUUCCUAGCUACUCGGGAGGCUGAGGCAGAGAAUUUCUUGAACCUGAGAGGCGGAGGUUGCAGUGAGCCGAGAUCACACCACUGCACUCCAGCCUGGGCAACAGUGCAAGACUCCAUCUCAAAAAAAAGGAAAAAAAAUUAGCUGGGCGUGGUGGCAGGUGCCUGUAAUCCCAGCUACUCAGAAGGCUGAGAUACAGGAAUUGCUUGAAGCCAGGAGGCAGAGGUUGCAGUGAGCCGAGACUGCACCACUACCCUCCAGCCUGGGUGACAGAACAAGACUCCAUCUCAAAAACAAACAAAAACAAAGUAUACAUCUUUUAGAUAAAUCACACAAAAGUAAUAUGAAUGCUAAGGCUUUUACCCAGUGGUCAAAACUGGCACAUCACAGGAUUUAUACUGGAAAGCAACCUCACAAAUGCAAUGAAAGCAGUAAAGCUAUUUGUUUUGGGGACAGGGUUUUGCUCUCGUCGUCCAGGCUGGAGUGCAAUGGUGUCAUCUUGGCUCACUGCAACCUUCGCCUCCCAGGUUCAAGUGAUUCUCCUGUCUCAGCCUCACGAGUAGCUGGGAUUAUAGGCAUGUAUCAUUAUGCCUGGCUGAUGUUUUUGUAUUUUAAGUAGAGAUGGGGUUUCACCAAGUUGGCCAGGCUGGUCUAGAACUCCCGACCUCAGGUGAUCUGCCUGCCACAGCCUCCCAAAGUGCUGGGAUUACAGGCCUGAGGCAGUGGUAAGGCUUUUUAUCAAAUGUCCCUGUCCUUCCAGUCAUGAGAAAAUUCAUACAGAAUCUAUUAAAAAUGUACUAAACAUGGAAAGACCUUUAAGCAAGUGAUGUCACGAAGGUGGUAGUUUUUAAAACCAACUCCCACAUCAGUCUCCACAUCAUAGAAUUCACAUCAGGAAUCACUAAGUCUCUAAUUCUCCAAAAUUAACUGGUAAUAUUACAAACUGCAGAAUAAUUCCAGGUCAAAAUAUGUUGUGUGUGUGUUUUUGUUUUUUUUUGAGAUGGAGUUUCACUCUUGUUGCCCAGGCCAGAGUGCAAUGGCGCCAUCUCAGCUCACCACAACCUCCGCCUCCCGGGUUUAAGUGAAACUCCUGUCUCAGCCUCCCGAGUAGCUGGGAUUACAGGCACGCACCACCACGCGUGGCUAAUUUUGUAUUUUUAGUAGAGAUGGGGUUUCUUCAUGUUGGUCAGACUGGUCUUGAACUCUGGACCUCAGGUGAUCCACCUGCCUCAGCCUCCCAAAGUGCUAGGAUUACAGGUGUGAGUCACUGCACCUGGCCAAAAUAUGUUAAAUUCAUAACAUGAUGUAUAUGAAAGGACACAUGGUAACAACGCAUCAUCUUCAGUUUAUAAAAUAUUCAUUUAUGUGAAGUUUCUUGGAAAGGCUACAUGACUACUAUUUGUUUCUAUCUGAAGUCUGAAAUCUGUCGAUGCCAUGCUUUUCUUAUAGGCCUUUCGUUAUGGUCUUUGGGAAGGAACCAAUAAAAUGAAAGGGCCUACUCCAUUAGGUGUGGUUCAUUCCUACCCAGGCUCCCUGAAGAACGAGGAUGCUGAAUUUAAAAAUGUAAUAUUGUAUGAAUUAGCAUCAGGGAUGGGUGGAGAAGAAUACAGACUCUAAGCCAUGCUAAUUGUGUUUAGUGUGUCCUUCUCCAGAGGGCCACUGGCUGGUCAGAAAGGAUGGCUGCUCUACCAGUUGACCAUGAGGUGGCAUGCCAGGACAUGAAGACACUGGGCUUUUUUUUUCUGUUUGAGACGGAUUCUCAGGCCGAGUGCAGUGGCUCACACCUGUAAUCCCAGCACUUUGGGAGGCCGAGGCAGGUGGAUCACGAGGUCAGAAGUUCAAGACCAGCCUGACCAACAUGAUAAAACCCCGUGUCUACUAAAAAUACUAAAAUAUUAGCUGGGUGCAGUGGCGCAUGCCUGUAAUCCUGGCUACUCAGGAGGCUGAGGCAGAAGAAUCGCUUGAACCUGAGAGGUGGAGGGUAAGGUGAGCUGGAAUUACGCCACUACACUCCAGCCUGGGCUACAAAAGCAAAACUCUGUCUCCAAAAAAAAAAAAAAGAUAGGGAGUCUCGCUCUUUUGCCCAGUGCAGUGGCAUGAUCGUGGCUCACUGCAACCUCUGCCUUCCAGAUUCAAAUGAUUCUCCUGUCUCAGCCUCCCAAGUAGCUGUGACUACAGGCACCCGCCACCAAGGGCACCUGUAUUUUUAGUAGAGACAGGGUUUCACUGUGUUAGCCAGGAUGGGCUCCAUCUCCUGACCUCGUGAUUGAUCUGUCUGCCUCAGUCUCCCAAAGUGCUGGGAUUACAGGCAUGAGCCACUGUGCCCAGCCUUGACACUGGGCUUUUUAUGAGAGUGACAGAUUAGUAGGACCUGGUUAAGUGGUAGAAGCAAUGCGGGGAAGUGGUGAUCAUCCUUAAAAAGCAAUAGGUGUUAUAUCUCAAUGAUUAAUGAAAAGUUAGUUAUUCUUGUAAAUUGAAGAAAGAAUGGUCAUCAGAGGGUAGUUCAAGCAAGAGAACCAGAGCUGGGCGUGGUGGUUCACACCUGUAUUCCCAGCACUUUGGGAGGCCAAGGAGGACAUCUCUUGAGGCCAGGAGUUUGAGACCAGCCUGGCCAACAUGACAAAACCCCGUCUCUACAAAAAACACAAUAGUUGCAGAUGUGGUGGUGGGUACCUGUAAUCCCAACUUCUGAGAAGGUUAAGGCAGGAGAGUCACUUGAACCUGGGAGACGGAGGUUGCAGUGAGCCGAGAUUGUGCCACUGCACUCCAGCCUGGGCGACAGAGUGAGACUCUGCUUCAAACAAAAACAAACAAAAGAACCAGAAGAGCAUGUGCACAUUUACAGGGACAUUUCACAAGUGGCAUUAUGUUUUACCAUUGUUUUAUUUAGAAUGUAUCAUAAGUUUUAUGCUCUAAUUAAAAUUUAAUCAUCACUUUUAAGGAACCCUGUUUCUUCUGCCACCACAGUUUCAUCGCCGCUCAGUUGGGGAUUUCACAACAGAGAGCAAUAGUGCACCGUUAGCCUCUCUACGUUGAAGGAAUCUCGCAGGGAAACGAGGUUGUGCUUUAACUGUGGUAACUGACAUCGUAUCCUCCCCUUUAAUUUGUUCUCAUCCAAAAUUAAUACAUAGAUUUUUCUUUAGUAAGAGAUUUUUCAAGUUUGCAUUUAUUUUUUCCUUGCUAUCACACUUUAAGAGCCACUGUUACUAGUGCUUUAUGUGUAAAACCUGAAUCUUAGGACUGUGAGGUUCAGUACUGAUGUUACUCACAUUUCACAGACGAGGAAACGUAGGACAAACGUGGUUUAAGGACUCACCCGCAUCCCUGUAAGGAUUCACAUUUGGCUGCAAAGAUGAGUGAUACGGUUUGGUAUUACUUUUUUUUUUUUUUUUUUUUUGACAGAGUUUCGCUCUUGUUGCCCAGGCUGGAGUGCAAUGGCACAAUCUCAGCUCACUGCAACCUUCGCCUCCCAGGUUCAAGUAAUUCUCCUGCCUCAGCCUCCCAAGUAGCUGCGAUUACAGGUGCCUGCCACCAUGCCUGGCUAAAUUUUGUAUUUUUUGUAGAGAUGGGGUUUCUCCACGUUGGUCAGGCUGGUCUUGAACUCCUGACCUCAAGUGAUCUGCUCGCCUAGCCUCCCAAAGUGCUGGGAUUAUGGGUGUGAGCCACCGCGCCCGGCCUGACCCCAGCUUCUUUCCUGGUCAUAGCUGCCCUAGAGGGUGACUAUGUUGGUAGGAAUAAAUUGGACACAGGUCAGACAAGGGCUACAAGGGCAUCUGCCAGCCUGAACAAGUUUUCUGUGGGAGGGAUACCUGUUCACAGGUGGGACACAGGCAUUAGGCUGUCUGCCAGGAUAAAGAAAUGUCCCAUAAAAAGCACAAUGCACAAAGCAUCCACAACCAAAUCCUGGAGGCUCAUUCGCACAGGGCUGUAUUUAUUUCCGGCCACUCUCCUGAGAGACCUUGAGACCAAAUUAGAACAACAAAAUACAACAGAACGCACAGAUUCUAAUACGCUAUUAGAUACAAUCAGGUGAAGUAAAAAACAGUGAAACACAAAGGACUGGAUAUCUGUUCUCAGGAGACCUGGAGCCAAGAAAGGGAUCCUCCUCCACUCCUGCCCACUGCUGAAUCACGGCCCGACUACCUCUGCCCACCAGAGACUACUGGCACAUCCUUUCUCUUCCUUUUCUGAAUAGGAAGGUUUAUUGAGGUUUCACUUACUUGUUCCACCAUGUCUUGUGGGGACUCCACAGGGCUAAGAACCGGAAUUCUCCUGCGAUCCCACUUGUGACUAAAGCCUUGGGUGGGACUUUCUCUUUUUCAGGGGGGAGCAAGUGUAUUUUGUGUGAACAAAAGAGGGACAAAUUAUUUCUGAUGGAAGCUGUAUUGUCCUAUAUUGUAAACGAUUCAAAUUAAUUAUCACCCUAAUGAAAUUACGUAUCUCUGCCCUUCGGUAUCAGGCAUGGGCCUUGGCUUGAGGCAACACUUCAAAUCAGGGAUCGAAAUUCCUUGCCUGAUCUAUGAUAGGCUUGGCUUUGUGAGUUCCUUGGUCAAUUUGGUGUGAGUAGAGAUGACACGUUUAAAUUUAUUUUUUAUUUUUAUUUAUUUAUUUUUUUGAGAUGAAGU